GACGCCCUUCCACAAACUUGUCGCUGCGCACACCGUCAGUUCGACUCCUGCUCGUGCUUUCUACUCGCCAUGUCAUCAAAACGCAAGUGGGACCAGGCUGCCCCCGCCGAGGUAGAUUCACCUGCAAAGGCACCCAAGACUGACGAGGGCAAAACGGCCUCCGAAGCAGCAGCAGCCGCUGCUGCCAUUGCGGCAAAAAUCGCCGCCCAGUUCGCCAAUGCUCCCAGCUCAGGGAGCUCCUUGGGACCAAAGGAUCCUCAUGAUGGCGACUUCACUCACGAUAUUGACAUCAACGACGUACGCAACAGGUAUCUAUUGACGAAGGGUGCUACACAGACACAGAUUCACGAAGAUACUGGAGCAUCCGUCAGCACCAAGGGAGUAUGGUAUCCGGACCGUACAAAGGCUAAUGAGAAGGAUCCUCCCCUUUACCUUCACAUCUCCGCUACUACACCAGAGAUGCUGCAAAAUGCGACGGACAAGGUCAAUGAACUGAUUGCCUUGGACAUGGGCUCUCUCGUCGAAGAUAAGAAGGAUCGUAGAGAGAAGAGAAAAUGGCCUGAAGAGAAAAUCCCAGUGGGUCUUGAGACGAUUAGGAACUUCAACGUUCGUGCGAAGGUUGUCGGGCCAUCGGGUAUGUUUGUCAAGUACAUCCAGCAGGAAACUGGUACUCGAGUUCAAAUUAAGGGCAUCGGGUCCGGCUUUGUCGAUCAGGAGACGGGUCAAGAGCACGACGAGCCCAUGUACAUUCACGUCACAGGCCCUGAUGAAGGCCAGGUUCAGCGUGCGAAGGUUUUAACCGAAGACUUGCUUGAGGUUGUUCGUCAAGAGUACGCCAAGGUUAAAACCCUCCUGCAACAGCAACAAAUGGAGCUUCAUCAAGCACAAGCCCAGUACGCCGCCUACAGUGCUUACGCCGGAUAUGCACCACCUCAGCCCGGCGCCGCCCCUCCUCCGCCUCCUCCAGGAGAGCAACCUCCUCCUCCACCAGAUGGCAGCGCACCACCUUCGCCUGGCGACCAAUCUGGACAAGUUGCCGGUGCGCCCUCUGCAAGCGAUACAGACGCCUACGCCGCAUACUGGGCUGCUUAUGGCUACGAUGUGAAUUCACCCGAGUUCAAAGCCUGGCAGGCCCAGCAACAGCAGCAGUACGCGCAGUAUUAUGCUCAAGCAGGCUACAGCGCGGCCACCGCGAGUGCCCCCGGCCAGGAUGGUGCGCCUGCACCUCCGCCGAGCGAGCCUGCCCCCCCUCCGCCCCCUCCCGAGUAGUGUAUCUGCUCUGUAUGUCCGUACAGCUCUUGGUGUAUAUGCUGUCUAUCUACCUGGCGCUGGUUAUGAAUGCAUCGCUUUCAC